AAGAGCGAGGAGGACAAACAUUACCGGGUCACGGAAGCAGCCGCAGCAGCAGCAGCAGCCGUUGUUCGCAGCGCCAUGGCGGCAGUGCGCAGCUUACGGGUGUCGGUGAAAUCAGACAGCGGCUCGGACCGCUCCGAGUCGGACUCUGACUCCGAGUCGGACCGAGAUGCCCGCGAAGCCGAACCGAUGGAAGUGGAGGAAGGAGAGCUGGAGACGGAGGACAUCUCCGUUAACCGAUCCCUGAAGGAGCUGCUGCCGGAUACGAGUCGACGCUACGAGAACAAAGCUGGAACCUUCAUCACUGGAAUAGAUGUUAACUCUAAGGAGGCGAUCGAGAGGAAAGAGAAGCGAGCGAGACGUUUCCAUUUCCACGGAGAGGUGAGCGUCGGUCAGAGGAACGUUUUCCUGGAUAAAGACAGUAUGAGGAAAGCAAUCCCCAAACUGCGUAUGGAGGCGAUUCACAUGACGGGCGUGGACGACAUGAGCACCCAGGACGUCUUCGGUUAUUUUAAGGAAUAUCCUCCGGCACACAUCGAGUGGAUCGAUGACACAUCCUGUAACGUGGUUUGGCUGGAUGACGACACAACCAUCCGAGCCCUCAUCAACACCAGCCGGAUGCCGGACACAGAGGCUGUUACCACGGAGACGGAGGGCGGCGAGCAGCCGGGCGAUCAGAGCAAAGGUCGCCGGGGUCAAGGGUCAGACGACGAGGACGAGGAAGAGGAGGGCCAGGUGGACGAGGACGAGGAGGAGGAAGCGGGGAAGAAGAGCGGCGAGGAGAUCGAGGGGAAAGACAGCGACGGAGAGGCGGAGGGGAAGACGAAGGUGGAGGGCGGUCAGGUGGACGAUCUGUCCAGAGCAGAGAGAGAGUCGCUGCUGAGAAACGACCUUCGACCCGCCAUCAAACCCUUCAAAGGAAACAAACUCUUCCUACGAUUGGCUACACAUGACGAUAAGAAGGAGCUGGGCGCCGCUCGUCGCAGCAGAUACUACAUGAAGUACGGAAACCCAAACUACGGAGGCAUGAAGGGAAUCCUGAGCAACUCCUGGAAGAGACGAUACCACAACCGCAGGAUCCAACGAGACGUCAUCAAGAGUAAGAAGCCUCUGAUAGGAGACAGCAUGGGACACACACCUCCAUACACACACCGCCACUCAGCCGACCUGGUCAACCUGCCGGAGGAGCCCAUCAAGGAGGAGGAGGAAGAGGAGGAGGAGGACGACGAAGACGACGGCGACGAGGACAUGGACUCUGACGACAGGGUGGUGGAGUACAAGGAGCGAGGCGACAGGGGCGGAGGCUCGCGGCCGCUGGGGGCGGGGCUCCGUAGCCGGGCGGAGCGUUCGCCGUCUCCGUGGUCGGAGUCGGACGAGAUGGACUACGACCUGGAGCUGAAGAUGAUCUCCACGCCGUCGCCUAAGAAGAGCAAGAAGAUGACCAUGUACGCCGACGAGCUGGACGGUCACCUGAAGAGCAUCCGGAACAGGAUCGGGGCGUCUGGAUCUCAGAGCAGAGCCAAAUCCACGUCGCCCAGCAAGGUGACGGACGUCCGGCAGCUGCUGGAGGAGAAAAGACAAGGACACUCCCAGCAGAGACCGGCGGCCCCGGCGGCGCCCGGCGGGAAGACGGAUGUUCGGCAGCGGUUGGGGAAGAGGCGUUAUUCUCCCGACAGGCGGCGCUCCCCCUCCCCCGCCUCCCCGAGAGAGACGCCUCCGGCCAGAGAGCCAAUCAGAGACGUGCACCGCAGACUGGGCGUGGCCAGCCAGGACAACAGAGGCCUCUACUCCAACUCAUCCAAAGAUAGAAAGACAAGCGGUCUGUGGAGCAGACUCGGCUCCGGUGAUGGCGACAGCGGCGCCGGACGUCACGACCGCAGACCGAGCAGCCGGUCGUCGGGCCUUUUCUCCUCCGGUGGCGACGGCGGCGGCGGCGGCGGCAGCAAGAGCACCAGGAGGAGACGAGGCGACGGAAAGGAGGGAGCGGAGGAGGACGAGGAGGACGAGGUGGAGGAAGACGACUCGACGCUGCAGAAGAUGUGGGGCGCCAUGAUCAAACAGAAACAGGAGCGUCUGACCCACAAGAUGAAGAAGAGUCGGCUGGACAACCUGCCGUCGCUGCAGAUCGAGAUCAGCCGCGACAGCAGCGACGAAUCAGACGCCUGAGAGUGAAGCAGCAGAGAGAAGAAGAAGAAGAAGAAGAAGAGAGGAGUUCCUCAUCUGUCCGUCAGUCUGAAACAGACACGGAGCAGAUCUGAGGCCAGUGAUGGGUUUUCUUUUGUUUGUGUAUCUGCAGUUCAUGGAUGGAUUACUGAGCAGGGCGACCGAGCACAGACACACAGUCUCUGUUUGAAGUCGACAUUUCAGUCUUUAAAGCGUCUUUAACAUGUUUCGUCCUCCUCAGUCUGAUCUGUGUAGUAACAGUGUUGGUUGUGGUUCGUAGUGAUGAACCUACAGAGACUCUGCAGCUCCUCUCGACUUUACGGAGCUUUAUAGUGAGUUUCAGCUCAUUG